AAACCAGGCCUGUUUGGUCCAGUCCAUUAUUAUAAUUUAUAUGUCGGCUUGUUCACAUAAAAAAGGCUGUGAUUGCUAUGCUUUGCUCUGCUGUUCUGCUGUUUCCGUCUCUGAUUUCUCGGCGACAAGUCAGUCUCUCUUCUCUCUCUCUCUCUAACUUGAUCCCCUCUGAAUUUCCAUAUUCUCUCUUCAUCUUCGACUUUCGGUGGAAUUUGAUUGAGAAGGAAAUUUCGUUGUUUCUGCAAGUCCGUAGAUGUUCUAAUCUCAUUCUCUGGAGCUUUUGCUGGUUGCUCUGGAAACAAAAAACAAAACUGGAAAGUUUUUGGCUCGGUUUCAUGAGGAGCUCCAAUUUGUUUUGAUAUGCCGUGAUUCAGGACUGGUUGAGGAGCUUAGAAGGAAGUUAGGGCUUUGUUUCUUGUGUUGAAUGUGAGUUUUGUGUUGUGUUUGGCUAGAAGUGAUGAUUGCUAAUGCACUUGAGAUUUUCCGUUUCUGGAGUUUUUGAGGAUUGUUUCGGAGUAAGUGAUAGGUGUAUGAUGACAGAAGUUAGAGGUGUGUGGAAGUGAAGGAGUGACUCGAUUUGCCAAGAGUUGCUAAAUCAAUCAUAUCUGCGGACAUGAAGGCUCCUACUAAUGGAUUUUUGGCAAAUCCUGCGGAAGGAGAGAGGAGGAGUAUUAAUUCAGAGUUAUGGCAUGCUUGUGCGGGACCACUGGUUUCUUUGCCACCAGUUGGAAGUCUUGUCGUUUACUUCCCUCAAGGACACAGUGAGCAAGUUUCAGCGUCAAUGCAAAAGGAGGCUGAUUUUGUACCCAGCUACCCCAACCUUCCCUCGAAGUUGAUUUGCAUGCUUCAUAAUGUCACAUUGCAUGCUGAUCCAGAAACUGAUGAAGUCUACGCACAGAUGACCCUUCAACCCGUGAGCAAAGAAGCGUUGCUGGCAUCUGACAUGGGCCUCAAACAAAACAGACAGCCUACUGAGUUCUUUUGCAAAACUCUUACAGCAAGUGACACAAGUACUCAUGGUGGUUUUUCUGUACCUAGAAGAGCGGCUGAAAAAAUCUUCCAACCUCUGGAUUAUUCACAGCAACCACCUGCUCAGGAGUUGGUAGCCAAAGAUUUGCAUGACAGUUCUUGGACAUUCAGACAUAUUUAUCGGGGGCAACCAAAAAGGCACUUGCUGACAACAGGGUGGAGUGUCUUUGUCAGCACAAAAAGACUGUUUGCUGGUGACUCUGUUCUAUUUAUAAGAGAUGAAAAGUCUCAGCUUCUCUUGGGUAUUCGGCGGGCCAAUAGACAGCAGCCAGCUCUUUCUUCAUCGGUUAUAUCCAGUGACAGCAUGCAUAUUGGAAUACUUGCUGCUGCCGCUCAUGCUGCUGCAAAUAAUAGCCCAUUUACUGUGUUUUUCAAUCCAAGGGCUAGUCCUUCUGAGUUUGUCGUUCCUUUAGCCAUGUAUAAUAAAGCAAUGUACACUCAGGUGUCACUUGGCAUGAGAUUCCGAAUGAUGUUUGAGACUGAAGAAUCGGGAGUCCGCAGAUACAUGGGUACAAUCACCGGUAUAAGUGAUUUGGAUCCUGUGAGGUGGAAAAAUUCACAAUGGCGUAAUCUUCAGGUCGGAUGGGAUGAAUCAACAGCAGGUGAUCGUCCAAGCCGAGUUUCAAUUUGGGAAAUUGAGCCUGUGGUAACUCCUUUCUACAUAUGUCCUCCGUUUUUCAGACCCAAGUUUCAGAAACAACCAGGGAUGCCCGGUACAUCAAAUUCUCCAAUAAACUCUGUUGAAUGUUCUUUUAUUGGCAGGUUCAAAAUCCCCCAAUUGUGCAGUUCUGCUUAUACCAUAGAUGAUGAUUCUGACAUAGAGAAUGCUUUCAAGAGAGCAAUGCCUUGGCUUGGAGAUGAUUUUGGCGUGCAGGAUGCCCCUAGCUCAAUGUUCCCUGGUUUGAGUCUGGUGCAGUGGAUGAGUAUGCAACAGAACAAUCAGUUACCAGCUGCUCAGUCAGGAUUCUUCCCAUCAAUGGUUCCAUCCACUGCCAUGCAUACUAACCUGAGUGCUGAUGACGCAUCUAAGCUGUUGAAUUUUCAGUCCCCAGCUCUGCCUGCUCCGAAUUUGCAGUUGAAUAACGCAAAUCUACAAAACCAAGUCAACCAAUUGCCACAGCCACCUACAGCAUGGACUCAACAGCAGCAGUUGCAACAAUUACAGCAAAAUCCCAUGAGCCAACAACCGCAGCAGAGGCAGCAGCAACAACCACCUCAGCAGCAGCAAAGACAACAGAGCCAGCAACCACAGAUUCAACCGCUGUUGCAGCCACAACAAAUACAACGACCACAGCAGCAGCAGCAACAACAGCAACAGCAACAACGACCGCCACCACAACAACAUCAACAAAUAUUUCAAGCCACUCCUGUCAGUAAUAAUGUGGGUGUUCCUAAUCAGAUGACAAACCAAAAUAUGCAGCAACCAGCUGCAUACUCUCAGCUUCAGCAGCAGCAGACGCAGUUACUUACAAGCAGUGCCCAAUCCCAUCAAAGUGUUUCCUCUAGUAAUAAGAACUCAUAUCAGCUAACAUCCUUACCACAGGACCCACAGCUCCAGCAACAAAUAGAACAGCCACCUGCCCUCUUACAGCGGCACCAGCAGCAGACACAGCUGCAACAGUCCCCAUUACAGUUGAUGCAACAAAACCUUUCAGAGAGGGUUCCACAGCCAGAGAGGGUUCCGCAGCCACAAGUACAACAAUUAUCACAGCAAGGCCUUUCGGAGCAACACCUACAGUUCCUACAGAAAUUACAGCAGCAGCAGCAAUUGCUCUCCCCAACAAGCUCACUCGUGCAAGCUCAGAUGCUGCAGCAACAGGCCCAGCAGAUCCAGCAAUUGCAACAGCCCCCACUGUUACAGAACCAGCAGCAAGUGCUCAGUGGAAAUAACUUCUCAACGUCGACACUCAUGCAAUCGCAACCUUAUCCUUUAAACCAGCACCAGACUUUACAAAAACCACCUGCUACACUGAGAGCCAAUUCCGGCCGUACAGAUGGAGAUGCACCAUCAUGUUCGACCUCACCUUCUACAAAUAAUUGUCAGAUUUCCCCAUCAAAUUUCCUCAACAAAAUCCAACAUGGGCCAUCCAUGGUUCUUGGGGAUUCAGUGGCUGACCCUGCAAGUAAUCUGGUUCAAGAGCUUCAUCCUAAGGUUGAUAUGCGGAUCAAACAUGAGUUGCCUAUCUCCAAAGGACCUGACCAACAAAAAUUUAAGGGUACAAUGGGUGAUCAAUUAGAAGCCUCAACUUCUGGAACAUCAUAUUGUCUGGAUGGAGGCACCAUCCAGCAUAAUUUCUCAAUCCCUAGUUUUGGUUUGGAGGGUGAUGUCCAAUCACAUCCUCGAAACAAUCUACCUUUUGCUUCAAAUAUUACUGGAUUGACACCUGAUACAUUGUUGUCAAGGGGAUAUGACUCUCAAAAGGAUCUUCAGAACUUGCUGUCUGAUUAUGGUGGCAUACCAAGAGAUAUUGAGACAGAGUUGUCCACUGCUGCAAUAAGCUCCCAGUCAUUUGGGGUGCCCGACAUUCCAUUUAAGCCUGGGUGUUCAGGUGAUGUGGCCAUCAAUGACACGGGAGUUUUUGGCAAUGGAUUGUGGAGCAACCAGGCUCAACGUAUGCGAACAUAUACAAAGGUUCAAAAACGUGGAUCUGUUGGGAGAUCUAUUGAUGUCACCCGUUACAAAGGGUAUGACGAGCUCAGGCAUGAUCUGGCGAGGAUGUUUGGAAUUGAAGGCCAGCUCGAAGAUCCACAUAGUUCCGAAUGGAAACUAGUGUAUGUAGAUCAUGAAAACGACAUACUUCUUGUUGGUGACGAUCCUUGGGAGGAAUUUGUUGUGAGCUGUGUUCAGAGCAUAAAGAUACUAUCAGCUGCGGAAGUUCAGCAGAUGAGCUUAUAUGGAGAUCUGGGCAACAUUCCACUUCUCAAUCAAGCAUGUAGUGGAACUGACAGUGGGAAUGCAUGGAGGGGGCACUAUGACGAUAACUCAGCCGCUUCAUUUAAUAGAUGACGUCAUGACGAUGCAUCUGGAUUCUGCGCAUGUUAAAAUGCUCGGCAGGCACAACAAUUUAUCUGGUGGUCAACUCUCAGUACUUGGGUCUUGGGGUAGUUAAUCAGGUAGAAAUUGAAAGUGUAGCUAGUUAAUCAGUACGCCAUCUUCACUGAGAGGGAUGAGUCAUUGUGGUGGUGAUGGAUGCUGCGUGCACUUAGAGGGAGGUUUUAGGACCCAGUUUGGCAAUGUUUAUCCAAAUUUCUGGGGAGGCACUUUUUUGAUCCAACCUUCUGGCGCUAGCAGGUUGUUGAUUGCGACUUUUUUAGCCUCCACGUGUAUCAUGAAGUACAACAGAAAGCAAGGAUGAAGAUCCUUCGAGCUUACCGGUUUCUUCAAGACUAGUUUGACACGAAAAACCAGUCUGACAUCUAUACUCCCCUUGUAAAUGCUAUCGAGGUAGAUUGUAGGCCGGAGUGUGAGGAAGCUAUAGCUUUUCCCAUUAGCCAUAUGUUGCCUGUUCAUUAUGUAGACGGCAUUAUUUGGCCAUGACUUGGCUAAAGCUCAUUCUCAAUGGGAAAUAAGAUGUUAUAUUCUUAAUAGAACCUAGGGGUGACCGGUUGUGAACUUUCAGACUACAGAUUAUUUCCCAACAAA